GGAGCGGUGAUGGCCUCUGAUCACGCCAUGAGCACAUGCGAGCUACGAGUGACCGAUCGUUCCUCGCAAGAAGGCUAUGGCAACGAUGCAGAUCGGGUCGAGUUCCGGUUCAGGGAUGCCAACAAUCGGAUCGACCUGAAGUGCGGGCGAACAUCGGUUCCGGGCACGUGGCUUACGGUCAGCCACAUCUCCGGCCCUGCUUUGAUCAACACUAUCCAGGCCUGCCGGAGCCAACGCGCUCGCGUUGAGGGGCCGGAUCACGUCCAGCAGUUCGCCCAGCUCUCGGCGGUGAUCGCCCCGUGGUACAAUGAUGCCAUGACGAAUGAGGAGGAAGAGGUCGGCACCACCACGGAUUAG